AUGUCGUCGAUAAUGAAGGUCAUAACAUGGCACGGGGUAUACACGCCGCAGGCUCUUCUCCAAAUCGGGCAUAUUCCGGAGGGCUUGGAUCUGAAUUGGAGGCUAGUUAUCGCUAUCUCGAUAGGGCCGUACAGCCACAUGUCGUCGAGGCACGAGCAGCUUUACCGGUUUGAGAGUGAGUGGGGUGUCGAGAUAGCAUUGCAGGAUGAUACACCCUGGCGCCGUCAUCCUCGGCUGGUUGUUUUCGACAUGGAUAGCACAUUGAUCACCCAAGAGGUGAUCGACAUGCUUGCCGAGACCAUGCCGCCAGAUGUUGCUGCAAAGGUGGCAGAUAUCACGGAUCGUGCCAUGCAGGGCGAGCUUCAUUUUGAUGAUGCAUUUCGCGAGCGGCAACGCUAUUCACUGAUUUGCGAUCUCGUCUCGACGUGA